AAGCAAACGAAAGCCCAAAGAAUCUUUUGAUUGUAUUUGUGAUUGACUCUCCGGGUGGAGAAAAGGAGAUCCUUUGAUCUUUCCGAUGGAGGAGCAGAUCGGAGGGAGCGAGGAUAGAUGGAAGGGAUCAUUAGAGAACAUAACGGAGAUGGCAUCGAAUCUCGAUUCUCUUCAGAAGCUUCUUCUCAAGAAAGCUGUCUUCGUAGAAGAAGAUACUUUCGCUAGAGCCUCCCUCGUCUCCGAACAAGCUCGAACAAUCAAGGUUCUUGAGCAAAGGGUACAAACACUAGAAAGAGAACUAGAUGCUGCCAUCACAGCUGCUGCUCAUGCUCGGUCUGAGAAACGCCAAGCUGAGUCCUCUCAAAAAGCUGCUGAAUCACGUGCCCAAGAGGUCACAAAAGAGCUCGAAAACACCACAAAGGUUUUCAAGCUGCAUAUGGAAGAGCUCCGAGGGAUGCAAGAACAGAUAUCCAAACGCGAUAACGAGAUUAAGCUCUUGGAAGCUAUAAUCCAAACGCUAGGUGGAAAAGAGCGGUUGGGAAAAAGCGGUGUAAAUGAAUAAUGAUGCGUGUAUUUGUCACUUGUAAAGGUUGUAACCUGAGUCUUUGGAAGACUGUUCUUGUAUCAUAUACAUACAGUAUCUCCUCUCAAUAGAUACAAUCACAUUACCUAUUUGGUACGUUGUUGCCUGGGUCUAUCAAGAAAUAAACUUUACAUGGGCUUGGGCCUAUGAUAAGCCU